AUGAUGCAGGACCCAGAAAAAAUGCAAGGUGACAAGAAAAAGGAUCAGUUGGAAGAAGGCUAUGGCACAGACAAAAUGGAGGUAGAGAAACUCACUAAAAUAACACCCUAUCUGAAAACAAUUCCAAGUGCCAUGACGAAGUUCAAAAAUCUCCAAACAGAGAAAAACCUUGAUUCUUCAAGUACCCAAAAAUUAUCAGAUGCAAAAAACAGUGCUUCUCUGGAGGGGCCAUUUGGCUUUGGACCUCUAGUUUUUCCUUCUCUUCAACGUUUCAACAACAUUGACUUCUUCUUGUUUUUGUACUUUCUGUUGGUCUUAGCACAUGGUAUUGCAUUUGCUAUGGUUGAUCUGUCUUUUAAACAUUUGGAGGAGAAAUUUUCUCUGUCAGGUUACGAGAGAUUAAUAAUGGAUUUCGGUGAUUAUUAUGCAUCCUUCAUGGUAGCAAUAUUUGUGGCAUACUAUGGGGGCAAAGGGAACAGGUCAAAAUGGUUGGCAGGUGCUGCCUUCAUGUUAGUAAUUGCAUCAAUUAUUUUUGCUGCCAUUUUCUACAAGUAUGAAAUUGUAGCACCAUUAGAAGAAAGAGAAGAGUUGUGCAUAGAAGAAGAAGACAGGACAAUGGCAGAGUGUGGUGCAUCAUCGAUACCAUACAGAUCAAAAUUUAUCUAUCUCUUCGUCUUAGCACAGUUUCUCCAUGGAGUUGCAGGGAUGCCUCUUUUAAUCCUUGGCGUGACCUUCCUUUAUGACCACGUUCCCACAUUCUCUGCUGGCCUCUAUCUAGCUAUUGGUGAUGCUGCACAAAUACUGGGAUACAUGCUGGGUUUCGCAAUAGGAGCCAGUGGUAGUACACAUACUCAUGAAGAAACUUUGGAUGAACAUGAAAAUGAGAAUGACUUUCAUGAUUUGCAGAAAAAUUUGUGGAGUGGUUUUUUUUUAAUUGCUGUAAUCUCAUUUUGUACAUUCUUACCUCUCUUAUGUUUUCCACCUAUGUUACCUGGUGCACACAAGAUAAGUCUUGAGAAAGAAAAAGAACCUCGCUCCUAUGACAGGAGACUUAAAAAUAAGGAAUUUGGACCUAAUUUGAAGGAUUUACUUCAUGCUCUUAAGUGUCUGUUGAGGAACCCACUGCUGAUAUGCUUCUCCCUGUGCAAAUCCACAGAGUCUCUCAAUUUUAAAGGAACUUCCGUAUUUGUGCCCAAAUAUUUAGAAAAUCAGUUUUUGUUAACGCCCUCACUUGCUACUAUGCUCACAGGAGUUAUUGUACUUCCAGGAAAUGCAGUUGGCCGCUUUGUGGGAGGUUUAAUUGUUGACAGGCUGGAGAUGUCUUGUAAGAACAAAAUAAGAUUCGUAGUGGUGACGUCUACUGUAGCACUCAUGCUUUUAGCUUUAAUCCUUUUUGUAGAGUGUGAAACAGUGGAAUUUGCUGGAAUCAAUGAAGAUUAUGAUGGGUCAGGUCAAUUUGGAAAUCUCACAGCUCCAUGCAACAUGCAGUGUGGUUGCUCAAGCUCCAUCUACACUUCUGUAUGUGGAAGAGAUGACAAGGAGUAUUUUUCUCCCUGCUUUGCAGGCUGCAAGGCUUUAAAAUACUUAGAAAAUGAAGAGACAUACUACAAUUGUUCUUGCAUCAAAGAAGGAUUGACAACUGUAGACACCGAGGGUGAUUUUGUUGACGCCUUUGCUGGAAAAUGCAACAUGAAGUGUCAUACGUUACCUUUGUUUUUUGCCUUUUUCUUGUCUUCAUUGAUAUUUUCUAAUUUGUCUAGCAUACCUGUCACCUUGAUUAUCCUCCAAAAUUCACCUGCCAAUUUAAAUUCACUGAGCUUGGGUGUGACCUAUACAAUUUGGAGAAUAAGUGGAUCCAUCCCUACACCACUAAUAUUUUACAUGUCAAUAAAAGAGUCUUGCAUUUACUGGGACGUUAAUGAAUGUGGAAUAAGAAGACGUUGUUGGAUCUACAAUAAGUCAAAAAUGAUCUACGUAUUGAUGGGACUAUGUCUUGCUUUCCUAGCAAGCUCAGCCUUGUUUGGCCUUUUUGGACUGUACAAAUAUGAUAGUGUGGUAAUGAAAAGCACUGAGAGUCUGGUCCAGCCUGUAAAGAAAGUAAAAGAAAAAGAAGAAAAAGUUUAA